GUAUUCUAUAAUCCCAUGAAAAUCCUUUUAUUAUUCAUCGUAUCUACUUUUAUUCACUCUACUUGUGGACAACAACAAUGGAGUGUAAAUACAAACACAAUACAAAAAUCAUUAAAUGUUCAAACAAUUGUCAGAAAUCACGAUAAACCAAAUUUAGAACAAGUUCAUGUAAAGCAUUUCUCAAGUCAUGUUCUAGCUUAUGUCACUCCCUGGAAUAAUCGAGGCUAUGACAUUGUAAAAGAGUUUAAAGGAAAAUUUGACUACGUAUCUCCGGUUUGGUAUUAUAUUCAACGCAGGUCGCCGAUGGAAUUUGAUUUUGACGGGGAACAUGAUGUUGAUCAGAGCUGGAUGAGUGAAGUCAGGGAUAUAUCUACAGGAAAGGGUAAAAUAGUACCUAGGUUUCAGUUCCGGGGAUGGACCGGCGAAGAUUUGAGAGCAUUUGUCACAAGUGAACAGGAAAUACAGCAUUUGGCAAAGGAGAUAAACAAUCAAGUCAUUAAAUACAACUUUGAUGGUGUUGUGAUUGAGUGUGGAUAUCCAGCCUUCUUUCAAAAAUUCCUUAUUGAAUUAUCUACGCUGCUCCAUCAGGAUCAAAGAGAACUUAUCGUCGUUUUGCCUUCCAUAACCGAUCAAUACAAGCAGCUGAUGACGCCAGAGAUGUUUAAUGCCAUGGCUCAAUAUAUUGAUAAAUUCAGCUUGAUGACUUAUGAUUAUUCAAGCUACGAUCCCAAUGGUGGACCGAAUGCGCCCAUUGAAUGGAUUAUGGACAACAUUGAAUAUUUGACGAAUAGCAGCAACCGGCAUAAGUUAAUGGUUGGGCUUAACAUGUAUGCCAUGUCUUAUUUAUCUACCAGGCCACCAGAACCACUUGUCUUAAAAACCGUCAUCGAGAAGUUGUCUUUACCUCGACAGGAUGAAUUACUACUAGAUGAUGAGACGGAUGAGAGCGAAGAGUUGAACUGGGAUAAAACAAGUCAAGAAGCAUGGUUUAUGGAUAUUGAUGAGGAAGGCAUUGAGCAAGGGGUUAUUUGGAUGCCAACACUGAGGUCUAUUAGAAAUAGAUUAAGACUUGCUGAAGACUAUGGAGUGGGCGUUGCACUUUGGGAAGUUGGCCAGGGCCUUGAUUACUUUUAUGAUCUCUUUUAAAUAAAGUGUGGCCCUUUUUUUUUCUUCUAAAAAUAAAAGGGUUCGCGUAUAGUUCAAAACGCGACUAUUUUUUAACGCA